AUGGGUGACAACGUAAGUGUUCGGUUGUUUUAUGCAUCUUCUCCCUCACAGAUAACCUAUGUCGACUUUCUCCUCUAUGAGAACCUCUGCGUUUUUCACGUUUUUGAGCCCUCGUGCUUUGAUAAGCAUCCUAAUCUCAAGCAAUAUAUUGAGCGCUUUGAGGUACGUUCACUUACUUUCGCCUUUUUCCCCUUUAUUGCCAGUAAGAUAUUGAGCGUUGUCUUUUUCAAAUUCUAGGCUUUGCCUAAAAUUAAGGAAUAUAUGGCUUCCGAACGGUUUAUCAGCUGGCCUCUCAACGGAUGGUCUGCAAGUUUUGGUGGUGGUGACGCCCCUCCAAGCCAAUGUCUGUAG